GACAAAGAAUUGCCAAGUGCAAACCCGAUCUCACAUUUACUUGUGCCUAUAAUUAAGCUCGGACCGUUUUUGCCUAUCUACAAUUCUGUAAGAAAUGUCAGUCAAUAUCAAUCCUUAGGCACGAAGUUACCCCUUAUUUACUCGCUUGGCCACCAACCGUGCUCUAAAUUUAAUGCACAAUGACGAGGCCAAGAACUCUCCCACCCUCACGCCUGAAAUGGCCGUUCGCGGGGUUUGUAUGGUCCCCAUGAGCGCGCCACAUGUGGUCCACGACAAUCUGCGGUGUGCGCCUCUUGCUUUUUCAUGUUGGAAGUUGGUUAUACUUAAGGGACGGCCAAAUCCCAUCUUGAACCUCUUCAUAUUUGCAUCCAUACUUCCGAGCAUCCAAGACAUUUUUGCCUACAGUACCAUCGGAUCUUCUGACUACUGUACACCUCUUGGACCCAUCCCAACAUAUCAGCUUGCAUCUUGCAGUACAACAAAACCUUGGGAAGAACCUUAAUCCCUGCACCGGCACCAUAUCCAUCAGUAAACUCUGGGUUAACGUCAUCAGUCACCGGAAACUCGGAUCAACAUGGACGAGUUUAUAGAGUUAGGCUUGGAAGGAGCCGACAAGAUGAUUGACAAGCAUUUUGAUAAAGUGCCCGACAAAGCCUUGAAUCCCGAAACCUACAAGAAAGUCCAUAUUCCUGGCCGUCGCAAGAGUCGCAAGGACUCAAAAGACUCCCAUUCAGACCACGAAUCCAAAUCCGAUCGAGGAAGAGAUACUGGAUCAAUGUCACAACAGCCGCCAGAGUACAGACACAGUAUAGCAGAAGAUCCGGGCUAUUCAUAUAUUCCAGAGUCACCACGCAACGCCAACAUCCCAUCAUUCUACAGUCGCGAACCACCUCACCCGAGGCCAGAGUACAUGCCAUCUCCGCCACCUUCUGCCGCUGCGAAUCCAUACUACUCACCUCCGCCAACUGCGGGUAUUCCUCGAAUGGCAAUGAAUCGAGGACGAGACGUUGAUCCAUACGACGAUGCAGAUUACCAUUCCGAUUCAUAUCGUGCCCCUCGACGACCCAAGGCUGUCACUCGACGGAGCAGUUCAUAUCAUGGACCAAGAGACAGGGACAGUUACGGGUAUGACCAGCAGUUGGCUCGUCGUCAUGGCUCUGGCUCAGACAGACUUGAGCGAUAUAGCGACAGGGCAAAAGAUACAGCUCAUCGGUACAAGCUGAAAGAGGAUAUGAACAACGUCUUCACGGCCUCGAAAGUUGGAUUGACAGGCGGUGCGGUGGGAGCUGUUGUUGGAGGCUGGGCGGCUCAGAAAGCGCAAAUUGGUUAUCGGAAAGAUGGUCACAAAGCAGAUCCGAAUCCCCUUUUAACAUUACUUGGAGCGACGGUCGGAGGUCUGGCUGUCAAUGCGGUUGUCGAUAAGUGGCAGGAUGGAAAGAAAGAGACGGCAAAGAAACAGGAGAAAUGGGAGAAUAAGUAUGGAUCCGAAGAUGAAAGUGACGGGGGAAGAAGCCGAAGAAGUCACAGGAGUCACCAUCGAAGUCGGAGGGACAGUUAUGAUUGAUGAGUGAUGAUCGAUACCAUUUGUUAUAGGCAGUCAUUGUACGACUAUUGAGCCAUUAGCGGGUUUAAUUUAUGUACCAAUAUUCCUUGUGCAUAUUCACGAUAAUGACGGAUAAAUGAUUUAUGAUAGUCAAUGUAUACAAUUAUUUUGCAG